GCCUCUCUGUCUCUGCCGCCCUCUCCCGACGCUCGUCGCUUGCCGUUGCCUGCAUUCCUGUCUCAUUCACAAAGUGACCAAGCGCCAUGCGAGCUGUCUUGUUGAUCGUGGUCGUUGCCCUACUGGGCAUGGCCUCGGCAGCCAAGAAGAACCCCAAGGAAUGCGAGGUGUGCAAAAAGGUCGUGUCUCGCGUCGUUGAUACCGUCAAGGAGCAGGGCAAGGAUGUCACAGACGUGGAUGCCACUGAAGCUGCGCUUUGGAAGCUGUGCCGGGAGACGAAGAAUCACAAGGAAGGCCGCUUUUGCUACUACGUGGGUGCCGCGGACGAUGCUGCCACGGGACUGGUGCGUGAGGUGACACAGCCUCUGUCGCGCUUCCUCCCCGCCGAUGCCGUGUGCAACAAGCUCAAGAAGAAGGAUUCCCAAAUUUGUGAACUUGAAUACGAUGAGCCAGUGGACCUGAGCAAGAUUGAUCUCGAGAAGCAACGUGUCAAGGUUCUGAAGAAGAUUCUCAGCGACCAAUUCAACGAUGCUUGCAAGGGAUGUCUGGAAAAGUCAGACUACAUCAAGCGUAUCCGCGAACUCAGUGCCAAGCAGGAGCUCUGAGUGCCUUUGCCGAACCCUGUCACCCACUAUCCGUCCCUACUGCGCUUCAAGCACCAGCGAGUCAACGGAUCAUGGGCAUGCAAGCAAAAAAAACCCCCCACGGCCUUGAAGAUGCGCCACUUUUCAUCCUGGGGCUUGUCUGUAUUUUUUUGUUGAAUUGGGAAGCUUUCCCUUUUUUAAAAGUGUUAGUUCUUCAAUGUUGUCACACCCCAUUUUCAUUUUCUUCUCUGAAUCUGCGGAGUGUUUCAACUCUUAAAGGGCUUGGAAGGCGGAGGAUUAGGUGGUCAAUUUGCCCCGGGCUUGGCCCGAGCGUGUCGGUGCGUGGCCUCCGUACUAGUGCGAGGGUUGCUCAGCUGAGAAUUCUUAAACAAUCGAUCUGCAACAUUCACCGGCAUCAGCCUGCACCUGGGUCAGCAUCCAUCUGCUUGGGACAUGGCGACUUGGAGUAACAAGGGUCGUGGGCGCAGCCCAGCCCAACCACUCGCCGCAAGCAUUCAAGUCUGGCAAACGCAAGCGCAUUCUGAAAUUUUACGCAUGCUUGGCGCUCUUUUUGGACUUUUUGGGUGUUCCGUCCUCUUUGCUCUUCUUAGCCUUUUUGGCUGGAGUACUGGUUUUGCUACUGCCUUUGCUGCGCUUCUUGUCGCUAGAGCGCGAACUUGACGAGGUUGAGGUAGAUGUGGCACCACCUUGGGCGCCAAAGGGAGUGAAGCGGUGGACCAGGCCGGGAAUUUGAUGAAUGGGGGCUGGUACAAGAUCGGUGGCCAACUCAGCUUCAGGUACGUCAACGUCCUCGGAGAGACUGUAGCCCGCAGAGACGUAGCGACUAAACUUGAGCUUUCCCCGCUUGACUGAGGGCAAGACGGGGGCCAACCGCUGCUCUUCAAGCUGCUCGAUGGGAUGCAAGGCAAACUUGUGACCACCGGCCUCGAUGCGCUGACCGUCGACCAGGACCGCUUUUUUAAGGACUGACGGGUCCAUCAUGAGGGGAAGCUGGAUGAGGAAGAGGCCCUCAUCGCCACCAAUAUCAUCGUGAGAAAACUUGAACGUGCUCUUGCUUUCCGCCAGGCUGCGCUCCCGAAAGAGUGAGCUACUCGAGGCCGCCAUGUUGGUGUCCCGUCUGUUCUCUCGCUGCAGCAAUGCCCUGAACGGCCGCGUAUGAGCGUGAAGAAGAGGCGGCGUUGCUCGGUCGCGGUCUGCCUCAGGCUGUGGCCGACGCGAACAGCGCCAACGUGUGCUCUGAUCUCUGAUCAACC